GUCAGUAAAAUUGUGCAUCACUACUUAAAUAUCACAGGUGCGUUUUAUGUGCACAUAUAUAUACACGGUGUUUAUAUUCUCUUCAGAAACAAUGUUGUUGUACAUUAUUUAUAUUGGUUUAUCUGUUGUGUGUGCAGGUACUAUACGUCCAUACUUCAAAGUUAAACAGCUAUCUGUAGUGACAGACCCUUUAAUCACGGAAGUAUCAGGGAUUGCAGCAAGUCGGACUCAUGCAGAUAUUUUAUAUGUUCACAAUGAUAGUGGAGACGGACCUUACAUGUAUGCUAUCCACGCUUUGACUGGUGAAGUUAAAUCCAAAAUCACAAUAAACAUGGCCAUUCACAAUGACUGGGAAGAUAUUGCAUAUGGUGGUUGUCAUGGUCAGGAAUACUGCCUGUUUAUUGGUGACUUUGGGGGAAAUACCUGGAAUGGUUCAAGGGACAUAAUCUACAGAAUAAAGGAGCCAGAUGUAAUCAAACCAACAUUAACCGUAGACGUUGAUGCAACUAUACAUUUCUCAUGGACAGAACAUGAUUGUGAGACUAUAAUGGUAGAUCCCCAAGGAGAAAUUUAUCUUGUGUCUAAAAACACUGGUAUUCCAGCGAAGGCAGUACAUGUUCCUAGCACUGCCUGGGACAGUUCAGAUAUCACCAACUUAACAGAUCUUGUUAGUAUGUCUUUCCAUACAGAAUACCCUGACCCAACAGGAGGGGACAUAUCACCAAAUGGAACAGAAAUCGUUAUAAUAUCCGUAGACAAUCUUUACUACUGGAACGUCAUGAAUGGAGAUUAUCUUGCUGCACUUGCCUCAGACCCAAUUAAAUUGAAAUACAAAGACGAACCCCAAGGUGAGGCAGUUUGUUGGAAACCAGACGGCGCUGGGUUUUACACUUUAAGUGAAGGACUUAAUCAACCAAUUUACUAUUAUGAACGAUUAACUGGUGAUCCGACUGGUAGUUCUAACCGAAUUACAGUUGAUUUAGUUUGUGUAAUGACAGUACUGUUUUCAGUUGCCAUGUUGUGAUACAAACACGAAAUUUUAAACUUUUUUACUUACAGAAAUGACUUUAUACUAUUUGUAGGAGAACCUUUCCAUUCACUGUGUACAUUAUCAUUUUUCAUUAUUAUCCAACGUUUAAAUUGAAUUCGAAGUAUGUGACUUUUGAAUUAGAGACUAAACUAGACUUUACAUCAUGUCAUAUAUAUCAUAUUUACUCAAAUAUUUGUGGGUUUUUUUCUGUUAACACUUAUCUUAAGUUUGUCCGUCCUAUAUUUUAUGUUUGUAAACAUGUGGAUUUUUUUCUAAUUCAUUCUACAAUCUACAAUGUAUCAUACCAAUUUAGUACCUGAAUUGUACAAAUAAACCUAAGCUAUAAAUGCAUUUACAUAUUUCCGCACUAUAUUCGUUCCUAUAUAAAGUAAUUGUAUUCUACGGCCUUUAUAAAUAACAAAGAUCUAUUGAGUGUGUGCUGCUCGUUACAACCUUAAAUUCUAUACAUUGUAUGUUAUCUUUGAAAUUUCGUAUGCGCAUUCAGAAUAAAUGUAUCUUUGUUUGGACUAAAGAAGGAGUUCAUGGUCAGAAAGAUGAUCAUAUGAAUUGUUAGAGCAAACAAAUGAUCACAUGUGUAAUGUAGAACAAGCAUUAAACAUAUAAAACUGGCCACGAAACAAACAAAAACACGACAGUGAGUUUCGUUUAUCUUGCUUUUUAUAAAGCGUUUGUUGUUA